AUGUUACUACAUGUGCGCCUCAUUUUGAAUAAGCCGGAAUUCUACCUGCGUUCAUACGCCAAUCUUCCAGUGGAUACUUUUAAAGCAUACAUUCGCAAUCCGCGGCUGUACGUCAAACGCUUUGUUCCUAAUCCGGCAUAUUUGUCUGCGCUUACUGCCCAAUUAUCGACAAAGACUGUGAAAUACCCUAUUGAGCGAGUGUGUAUGCGUGUUAAUGAUAUUGGUAUGAUUCAGAGCACAGUGCUGGCUAAUUUACAUAUUGGAGCAGUACCCAAAUGUGUUUUUGUGAAAUUUGUAAAAAGCUCGAGUUUUCACGGGCUGCGCCGAGGUAAUCCGUUUAACUUUGAACAUUUCAAUCUCAACCAUAUAAGUGUCGAAGUCGACGGACAGUCGUAUCCCGCACAAGCCUACCGACCAAAUUUCGCCACGGGUGAUUAUUUGCAAUCAUAUGACGGUCUUUUGGAGACGCUUGGCCGCUUGCACGCACCGGACGGGGCGCUGCCUUUCGACCGUAAAGCAUUUGCGGAAGGAUUUGCUAUUUGGGGAUUCGAUCUGACACCUUCACGGGCAGGCCGGGGACCGAUGAGCACCGUACGCCAAGGAAAUCUAUCAAUCCGCCUGCAGUUCGCCGCCCAAUUAACUGAACCAAUUAUGGCCAUUACGAUGAUGGUGUGGGAUAAUAUAAUUGAAGUCAACUCACAUCGUCAGCUCAUUGCGGAUUUUACGGCUUAA